GUACGACGAAUGAAUCAUCAUCAUCAUCGUGGUCAGAGGGAAGAGAAGAGAAGAGAAAGAGAGACCCAGUCGCAACAGAAGAAGUGUGAAUUCUGAAAAUCUAGACCAUGUCAUCAACUACAACUGCAACCGUCAUAACCUCUUUUUCAACAACUUCAGCUUUGAAUCGCACUUCAACAACUACAUUUUCCGCCAAUUUUACCUCUAGAAACUUCCCCCCUACUCAACUAUCAUCUUCCAAUAACCACUUAUUCUUUAAGCUCCUUCAAACUUCUAAGCGAUCCCCAAUCUCCCGUCGCUUCAACCGUUUUUCUCCUGUCAUGGAGUGGCAGGAUUGCACGGUUAAGAGGGAGGUUGAUGUACCGGUCUCUGUAGCUUAUGCUUGUUAUUCUGACCGUGAAGCCAUUCCGGAAUGGAUGCCCUUUAUUUCCACUGUUAAGAUAUUGCCAGACAAACCCGACCUGUCGCGAUGGUCCUUGAAGUAUACGGCAUUUGGUCAAAAUCUCGAGUUCUCUUGGCUUUCUCGUAAUAUGCAGCCCACUCCAAAUCAGAAAAUCCAUUGGCGAUCGCUUGAAGGUCUUCCCAACAGAGGCGCUGUGCGAUUCUUUCCAAAAGGUCCCUCUUCGUGUCUAGUAGAACUGACAGUCUCAUAUGAGGUUCCUCAACUUUUAGCUCCAGUGGCAUCAGCUCUGAAACCUUUUCUUGAAGGUUUACUUCAACGUGGUUUGGAACAGUUUGCAAGUUUUGCAAAAAGCUACAAAUGACCGUCUUGAUUUUUAGAACUGGACUACAUUUCUGAAGAUGAACAUAAGUGAUUAUUUUUGUCCAAACACUGAUUAAAUUUCAGAAAGAUUUGGGUCCGGUUACCAUGCCAGUGCGUGUUGGUUACACGGAUUGUUAUAUAUCCCAUUAAUUUUUAAGUGUUAAUUCCUCACAGCUCUGAUGCAAAACGAACACAUCAACAUAAUGCAGAAGAUAUGUUCUUAAACCCGCAGUUCCAACCUUGUGGCACUGCUGUAGGUUCAGAUAAGCUAUCAGGAUAAGCUACCCUUCAAGGCGUAGGAUUAUUUCCAUGUCUUAUUUAUGUACUAAGUAAUGUAUGCACUUUUUAGGCUGAGAAGCCCCUUAUAAGUCAUGUGCCCAUACUAGCUGUACAUCUUGUCUUUCUAUACAAUAAUGCAAACAAUCUUCAUAUA